UCCUGCAGUCUAACAACUCAGUUAUAGUCGAACCUUCACCAGAGAAGCAUCUCUCAGUGAUAACAGAGCGUGUGACCAGAGCGACAGUUAGUCAAUCUACUACAUACCUGCUAUAGCUACUUCAAUACAGCGUUACUACUGUAUUGUCCUCGUAUAAUACUGCUGUAUUAUACUCCGUACAGCGUUACUACUGUAUUAUACUCCGUUACCACAACUAACACCUCCGUUGUGCUACGAUGGAGAAGAUCGUCCGUUCAAGAAACGAGGUGAGAUCUUCUCAGCCAGACACCUUUAAACACACUUUGUUCAGCGUUACACUGAUCUAGGCCUUUAAACACACUUUGUUCAGCGUUACACUGAUCUAGGCCUUUAAACACACUUUGUUCAGCGUUACACUGAUCUAGGCCAGCCCACAUCUUCAUCUGCUUUUUAAUCUUUUGUCUAAACUUUUGACAAAUGCAUGAGCAGUAUAAGAUACGUAUGUGGACUAAAACAGGGCUGUUUUUUACAGUUAAAUUAACAAAAAACAGAACUGAAAACAUAUUCUAAGCUUCACCAAAAGAUUUUAGAUCAACCUGAUCUCCAAAAAACUGAUCUGAAACUGAAGUUAUUGACAGUAUAAAUGGUGUUCUGUGUGUAUAGUAUAAAGGAAACAGUAGAAAGAUGUGAUUCUGUGGUGUGAGGCUGAACUUGGCUAGACUCUUGUGACCAACUGAAUCAGUGUGUUUCAGAAAAAGUAGCUUCACAGUGCUCUUUAGAAGCAGAUGGAGUUGGCUUCAGUACUUUCAACUGUCUCUUUGUGUGAUCCAACGUUAGGACGGGACUGUUUUCUCAACCUUUACAUUUGUGUCUUUCAGUCACUUAACCAAGAGCUGGUUGAAGCCGCUACCCAGCAGGCUCCCAGCAAGGAGAUGCAGUAUCUCAGGAGAGCCCUGAUGGACGUCCAGAAACAGAACUUUGAGCACGCCGCUGAAACCGCUGCCCUGAGGGAGCAGAUGGCCGCCAAGGAGUCCAGCUGGGAAGAGGAGAAGAUGAGGAUCCUGAAGGCUCUCAAGUUAGAGAGACUCAUCAGGGAAGAAGCCCAGAAGGGCCUCAAAGGACAGGAUGAGCACAACCCUGACCUCCAGGUUCAACUCCUCCAGACUCCCAGCAAUCAGCUGAAGGACUCUCACCAGCACAACACUGAGCUGGCCGCCGAAAUCGCUGCCCUGAAGCAGCAGAUGGCCGCCAAGGAGUCCCGCUGGGAGCUGGAGAAGAACAAGAUGCUGACACAGGUUCAGAUCUACCUGCAGAACAAGGAGCAGGAGAAUCAGAAGGUGAUCAACUCUCUCAGGCAAAGUCUUCUUGAAAAGCUGAGUGGAACGAUGAUGGUCAAACAGACUCCCAGCAACCAGCUGAAGGACUCCCACCAGGUCACCGAGCUGGCCGCCGAAAACGCUGCCCUGAGGGAGCAGAUGGCCGCCAAUGAGUCCAGCUGGAAAGACGAGAAGAUGAGGAUCCUGAAGGCUCUCAGGUCAGAGAGACUCAUCAGGAAAGAUGCCCAGAAGGACCUCAAAGGACAGGACAAGCAAAACCCUGACCUCCAGGUUCAACUCCUCCAGACUCCCAGCAACCAGCUGAAGGACUCUCAUCAGCACAACACUGAGCUGGCCGCCGAAAUCGCUGCCCUGAAGCAGCAGAUGGCCGCCAAGGAGUCCCGCUGGGAGCUGGAGAAGAACAAGAUCCGGAUGGCUCAGAGAGCCAUCAAGAUACAGGCUCAGAAACAGGAGGUGACCGACUCUCUCAGCCAAAGUCUGUUUGAAAAGCAGAAUGAGAUCAUGAUAGUCAAACAGACUAUCAGCAACCAGCUGAAGGACUCUCAACAGGUCACUGAGCUGGCCGCCGAAAACGCUGCCCUGAGGGAGCAGAUGGCCGCCAAAGAGUCCGGUUGGGAGCUGGAGAAGAACAAGAUCCUGAUACAGGUUCAGAACGACCUGCAGACCAAGGAGCAGGAGAAACAGGAGGUGACCGACUCUCUCAGUCAAAGUCUGCUUGAAAAGCAGAAUGAGAUUGUGAUGAUCAAACAGCUCUGGACUGAAAAGUGUAUAAAGGCCUGUGAAGCUUGGAAGGAGGAGAACAGGGAGAUCAGAGAGACCUGUGAGAGAGAGCUCCAAUCUGCACUUGAUCAAAAGAAUCUGAUGGUCAAAUCUCUGCAGGACGAGUCGGACAGGAAGGUGAGCCAGGUCGUCCUGGAAAAGGAUGAUCUGAUCACCCGAAUGACGACAGCCAAGAUGGCUCUGGAGGCCGAGUGGACAACGAAACUCGCCGCUCUGGAAGAUCAGACUCUAAAGAACGAGGUCCAGCUGAAGGAGAAGGAGAUGCAGCUCCUCCAGAGCGAGGCCAAGUGGUCAACGAAGCUCGCCCCUCUGGAAGAUCAGAUCCGGCUCCAGACCGACACCACCACAGACCUCCAGGCACAACUCCUCCGCCUCCAGGAGCUCCACCAGAAACUUGACCUGGGAGCACUGCAGAUGACCGCGGAGGAGAUGAAUGCCAAGAAGAAGGAGUUAAAGAAGCUGAUUGUGGAGAAGGAGAAGGAGGAGAAGAGACAGAAGAAAGAGAGGGAGGAAAGAGAGAAGAGAGAGAAGAAGGAGAGUGAGGAAAGAGAGAAGGAGGAGUUGAAAAGUGUGAAGAAGGAAAAGGAGGCUCUGGAGAAAAAAGAGAAGGAGGACUUGAAAAGGGAGAAGAAGGAGAGGAAGGAGAAAGAGAGGAGAGAGAAGUAGCAUCCUUUCUCUCCACAUUCUUCCCCCAUCCCCCUUCUGACCAUCCUGCCCCUUCACCCCCUACACCCCCUACACCUACACCUACACCCUCUACACCCUACACCCACACCCCCUACA